AUGAAUAUAUUCCCAAAACAAAGAAUUAAAAUUGGUCUAAGACAACAACUAUUAAUACUAGUGGUAAUAUCAGUUUCAUUAUCUUUAAUGGUAUUAGCUAUAAUAACUGGUGUUUUUUUCAGUUAUAAUUUUAAAAAUUCUCAAGCUAAAAAUUUAUCAGUUAUAUCUCAAUUAAAAUCUUCACAAAUUGAACAAAAUUUAAUGAAUUCUUAUUUCCAAAUUUAUUGGGUAAGUCAAAGAGAACCAAUUCAAAAUUCUCUUAUUUCUUAUAGAGCUGGUAAUACUUCUUCAACAAAUUUUAUUGAUGCUCAAGAUACUUUAGAACAAUUCUUAGGGUCUUCAAAUACUUUUAGUAAUGUACGGCUUUAUGAUGCAAAAUUUCGUCAAGUGGUUAAUUCAACUGAUUCAACACAGGGGAAAUAUACUCCUGAUAAUAUAUUGGAUCAAGUUUUCCCAUUUGAUCAAAAUAUAACUGAUUUCCCAAGUAUAAUGGAAUAUUUUGGUAUUAUAAAUGGUCCUAUUAAAAAUUCUUCAACUUAUAUAAUGUCAAUGACUUUACCUGUAUAUGGUAGUGUUUCAAUUAUUUAUGGUUCUUCAGAUCUUGUUGGUUAUAUUACUGCAGUUAUGAGUGCUGAAAGUUUAAGAGCAACUCAAAAUGAUAGUGUCCUAGAUACAAAUGUUCAAAUUAUUUCAACAAAUUUAUCAAAUAUAGAUGAUAAUUCAACUUAUCAUUAUGUAUUACCUUCUUCUGAUGUUCCCGAUGAUCUUGUGGGUCAAAAUUUACCAAUGAAUAGUAAUUCAGUUGCUGAACAAGUUUUAAGAUAUAAUAAAACUGGUGUUGAAUAUUCAAUUAAAAUGGCUUCAAAUAAAAAAGUUGCAGCUGCUUAUUGUCCAAUAGAUUUCCCCAUGGUUAAAUGGGCUGCUAUAGUGGAACAAAAAAGAUCUGAUUUCUUAUAUUCAACAAAUCAAUUAACAAAAAUUAUGAUUAUUGUUUCAAUUGCCACGGCAGUUUUAAUGUUUAUAUUAGCUAUUCCAUUGGCUCAUUGGUCUGUUACACCAAUCUUGAGAUUACAAAAAGCAACAGAAACUAUAGCUGCAGGUCGUGGGUUACAAACCUUAAGUUCAAAAAAACAUAAACAUCAAAGUUCAAAGGGUGGUUCUAUGUCUUCAUUUUUAUCUGGACCAAAACCACCACCCCCUGCACCACCUGCACCACAUAGUAACACCAACAAUGAUGACCAAGGUUAUACUUCAGGUCAAGGAUCUGGUUAUAAUAGUCAUAGAUCAAGUAUUGGAAGUACUAGAUCUUUUCAUACAAAUUCAGCUUAUGGUUCAAAUAUAGGUGAUACAUCAAGAUAUCACAAUAAUCAUAAUAAUUCAUUAAGUGGGAAUAAUACUGAUAAUGAAAAUGGUUCUUUAUCUUCUGGAAUUCAAGGUCAUACAAGUUAUAUAUCAGGUGCAAGAGUUCCAACUUAUACAAGAUUUUUCAGAGAUGAAUUAAGUAAAUUAACUGAAACUUUUAAUAUAAUGACUGAUGAAUUAGAUCGUCAAUAUUCUCAUUUAGAAGAUAGAGUUAAGGCAAGAACCAAGCAAUUAGAAGCUGCUAAAAUUCAAGCUGAAGCUGCAAAUGAAGCUAAAACUGUUUUCAUUGCAAAUAUUUCUCAUGAAUUAAGAACUCCAUUAAAUGGUAUAUUGGGUAUGACUGCUAUUGCAAUGGCUGAAGAAGAACCAAAUAAGAUUCAACAAAGUUUAAAAUUAAUUUUCAGAUCUGGUGAAUUAUUAUUACAUAUUUUAACUGAAUUAUUAACAUUUAGUAAAAAUUCAUUAAAAAGAUCAAAUUUAGAAAAUUCAGAUUUUGGUGUAUUAGAUGUUGCAUUACAAAUUAAAUCAAUUUUUGGUAAAUUAGCAAAAGAUCAAAAUGUUAAUUUAUCAAUUAAUUUAACUCCAAAUAGUGCAAGAAAAAUGGUUCUUUAUGGUGAUUCAAAUAGAAUAAUUCAAGUUGUUAUGAAUUUAGUUAGUAAUUCAUUAAAAUUUACUCCUGUUGAUGGGAAAGUUACUGUAUCAAUUAAAAAUUUAGGUGAAUAUGAUGAAGAAAAAAGUUCAUCUGAAGAUUUUAAACAAGUUUAUGUUAAAUCAAUUGAACAAAUUAAUAAUGAAAAACAAGAGCAAAUUAAUAAUAAUGAAAAACAAGAAAUUUUAAAUACAACUACAACUACAACACCAAAAACUAAUGAAUAUUCACAAAGUUCAAAUGAUACAACUAGUGAUGAUGAUGAAAAUGAUUCAGAUCAAAAAUCAAUUGUUACAAUUUCAACAAGUUCUUAUGAUGAUCAAGUUUUCCAAAAUCAAUUUAAAAAAAUUGACACAAAUAAUAAUGGUUUAAAUGAAACAAAAGAUCUUGAUGAACAAAAAACUUGGGUUUUUGAAUUUGAAGUUGAAGAUACAGGUCCUGGUAUUGAUCAAACUUUACAACAAUCUGUUUUUGAACCUUUUGUUCAAGGUGAUCAAACUUUAUCAAGACAAUAUGGUGGUACUGGAUUAGGAUUAUCAAUUUGUAGACAAUUAGCAACAAUGAUGAAAGGUGUUAUGGAAUUAGAAUCUACUGUUGGAGUUGGAUCCAAAUUUACAUUUAGAGUUCCAUUAAUUCAAAGAAAAGAAUUAAUUAUUAGUGAAUCAAAUGUAUUAAAUUUUUAUGAAGAUGAAUUUAAUAUUAAUUCUAAAAAAAAUAGAAGAGUUAAAAUUAUUGAACCUGAAAAAGAUACUUUAUCACCAGAUUCAAAUUUAACUACAUCAACAAGUAUUGAACAAUUAAAUGAAAAAUCUAAUACAACAACAACAACAAAUACAACAAAUACAAUUUCUGAAAAUAAUGAAAAUUUAGCACCACCAAAUAUAACACCAACAACACCAGGAAAUAAAUCACCAAAUUCAUUAAAUAUAUCAAGUAAUGGAAAAGUUCGUACUCCAACAAGUUCAAAUUAUAAUGAUGGAUUUGAAUAUUUUGAUCGUCCAAUUUUACAAUCUACAGGUACAGCAAAAGGAAGUACAAUAAAUUUAUUGGAACAAAAUAAUAAUAAUAAUAAUGGGAUUGAAUCAAGUCCAAAAAAUGUAAAUGGACAAGAUGGUAAAAAUUCAGAUUCAUCAUCAAUUCAAUUAAAAAUUUUAGUUGCAGAAGAUAAUAUUGUUAAUCAAGAAGUUAUUAAAAGAAUGUUAAGACUUGAAGGUUUUAAUAAUAUAGAAUUAGCAGUUGAUGGUGAAGAAGCUAUUGAAUUAGUUCGUCAAAAUGGUGGUGAUGAUUAUUAUGAUAUAAUAUUUAUGGAUGUUCAAAUGCCAAAAUGUGAUGGAUUAAUGGCUACAAAAAUUAUUAGAAAUGAAUUAAAAUUUAAUAAUCCUAUAGUGGCAUUAACUGCAUUUGCUGAUGAAAGUAAUGUUAAAGAAUGUUUAGAUUCUGGUAUGACUGGAUUUUUAUCAAAACCUAUAAGAAGAUUACAAUUAAGACAAGUUUUAACAAAAUUUUGUACAGUUAUUUUAAAAGAAAUGACUGGUACACCAGGUACACCAGGUACACCUGCAAGUGAAGAUAUUAAAUCAUUUCAAAAGGGGAAUAAUAAUAAUAGUCCAAGAUCUACAAAAAGUUUAAAAAGUAAUAAAAGUUCAGGUUCAACUAUAAGUCCACCUGAUGAAACUAGUGAAGCUACAAUUUCAACACAUAAUUUACCAAUUAAUGAACAAAACAAUAAGAAAUAA